CUGUGUGUGUGUGUGUGUGUGUGUGUAUGAUCUCCAACACUAAUGUGUGUAUUAACUCUGUGUGUGUUUUGUGACUCUGGAAUGUAAACUCGUGGCGUGGUGUUUUAUUUUCCUCCGACAGGCCAAGUACCACGAGGGACUUUGAGCGCGCACGCGGCCGAGGCUGCACGCCAGGCCUGGACGACCCGAGCAUGGAGCGCUACCAGAGAGCCAAUCAGAUGAUGGCAGAGGCGGGAUACAGCAAAGGGAUCCACCCCCAGACCAUGGAGACGGACAGACGGCCCGGGGGCAUCAUCGUCGCUCCGGUCCUUCCUGGAGCGUACCAUCAGGGCGUCCACAUGCAGCAGCAGCCUCAGUACCACGGCUACAUGCACCAGACCAGCAUGUCUUCUGUCAGAUCCGUCACCUCGCCGCCGCACUCAGCCACCAUGCGAGUGUACCGGGCGCUGUACGACUACGCGGCUCAGGACCACGACGAGGUCUCCUUCAGGGACGGAGACGUCAUCAUCAACGCUCAGCCCAUCGACGAGGGCUGGAUGUACGGCACCGUGCAGCGCACCGGCAAGUCCGGCAUGCUGCCUGCUAACUACGUGGAGUGUUGCAACUAGAGGAGGAGGAGGAGGAGGAGGAGGAGGAGGAGGAGGAGGAGGAGGAGGAGGAGGAGGAAGAGGAGGAAGAGGAGGAGGUCAGCAUGUGAAGAUUAAAUCCAGCCUCACUCUGAUCACAGCAGCAGUCUGCCCUGUUCUCUGACUUACAGGCAUUAUUUACAUUAUUUUAAUUCAAAUAUAAAGUCACAUCACAGCCAGGAGGCCAUUAAAGUCAAUAAUAUAAACAUAAAUAAAUAAAUACACCUAUUAAAGAAAUAAGUAUGUCUAUGAAAUAAACCCUACAAUAAAAUAUAGAAAUAAUUAUACAUAUGAAUUUGUAAAUGAGUCAGGAAAGUUAAAUAAAUAUUUAUUUCAGGGAUCUUUUAUUUCCAUAAGCCAGUACAUAUAUUUAUUUAUUGAACAUUUUUUGACUCAUUUAUAUAUUUAUAUUUAUAUGUUAUUUUAUAUUUAUUGCCUCAAGAAUUUAUUUCAGGAAUUAUUUCAGAGCCAUUUUGUGUAUUUAAUUAGAAUAUUUUUCCCAUUUAUGUAUUUAUUUAUUAAUUAAAUACUGACCUAAAUGGCAUUUGUUGAUAUUCAUUUAAGUCAAUAUUUAAUGAAUAAAAACAUUCAUUAAUAAAUAAGUUUAUUAAAUAAAACCUGAAAUGAAUAAAUUAAUAUAGAAUAUAUAACUACAUAUAAAUGGUUCAAUAAAGUAGAGCAAAUCCAUUUUUAUAUUUUAAAAAAUCAGCUUUUAUUUCAUAACUCCACAUUCAUUUAUUGAACUACAUUGACUAAAUUCAGUAUUUGUAUUUAUUUCCUAAUUUAUUUCAGGAAUUAUUUCAUAGCCAUUUUAGCCAUUUAUGUAUUUCAUAUAUAUAUAUAUAUAUAUCAUAGGAAUAUUUAUCUA